AUGACGUUAGUCAGCCAUUGCUCCGCGAUGAUGGCCGAGCUCCCGGCGAGCCUCCGCCCUACAUUGGUGGUUCCAGAUGAAGAGCGUGACGCAGCCGGACCCAAGAAACAGUUCUCUAUUCGCGUCGAAGCGGCAAUCCGCCGUGUCCUUCUUGGAGCAAGAAGAAUACUCGAGCCGGCAGCCGAAGAACGACUCGAGGUGAUACGGACGGCGAUCGAGGAGGAAUUCAAAUUCCAAGAGCCCACACUUUCGAAUAUGAUACUCUUGUAUCUUGAGAUAUUCGAGGGUCACAACGAGCAGCAAGCUUAUGAGAGGCUGAAGUCUGAGCGUUAG